ACACCACACACAAAAAUGAAGAAGUGAAGGCAGGAAAAGUUUCUCCAGAGGAAAAAUGCAGGGCUUGUCCUUCAUCGUGACGUCAGAUCUGUCUUUAAUAAAAUCCCCAAAGAGCCAAGAGAAAAAGGCAGAGUGCCUAGGCUAGGUUGCCAGUUCAGGAUUGCUCUGCAUUCCCCAAAGUGGUGUUUUUAUUCAAAACGGCUCUAAAUCUGGGUUCAAUCAAAUGUAUUUAAUCCCGGCUUCCAGGGAUGAGGUGGCUUUUGCCCUGGAUUGUAGCAGCAAGCAGCAUUUUGCAGUGUCAGCAGGUCUCUGGAUCACAAACGGGAAUUUUGUCGACUGCUUGGUUUAGCCUGGGCCCCAGCAGUAUCACAGCUGCCUGCAAACAAGAGGGAACCAUGUGUGAAAGACCCACUUCAUCACUGCACAGAUCCAUCAAGCUAUAAACUGCUGAUCACCAAGGAUGUGUGGGACUUGAAGGUGUUGGAGAGAUGAACGAGUUCUACCCUUUUGCAGGCAUCAGGCCACUGCCCAGACCUCCCUCACCAUGACCAGCACUGUCCUGGCCACGACAGAGACCUACACACGGACUCAGUACUGCAAGUGGCCCUGCAAGUGCCCCAAGUCCCCACCCCGGUGCGCGGUCGGCAUCAGCCUGGUCACAGACGGCUGUGACUGCUGCAAGACGUGUGCCAAGCAGCGUGGAGAGAGCUGCACUGAGGCUGACACCUGUGACUUCCACAGGGGCUUGUACUGUGACUACAGUGGAGACAGACCUAGGUACGAAAUAGGAGUAUGUGCACAGAUUGUUGGUGUAGGAUGUGUCCUCAAUGGAGUCAGGUAUAAGAAUGGGGAGACGUUUCAGCCCAACUGCAAAUACAACUGCACGUGCAUUAAUGGGGCUGUGGGCUGUGUUCCCAUGUGCACAAACUCACGUCCUCCGCUUGUCUGGUGCCCAAACCCCAAGCUGAUAAAGAUGGCAGGGAAGUGCUGUGAGCAGUGGAUUUGUGAUGACUCCAGGAAAAUCAGGAAGACAUCUCCGCGUCACAUUUCCUCUGCAGCAUACGAGGGAGAGGAUGAAGCCUGGCAGAAGAACUGCAUCGUGCACACCUCACCCUGGAGUCCCUGCUCAAAGACCUGUGGGCUGGGCAUCUCCACCAGGAUUUCCAAUGACAACGACCAGUGCCGGCUCCUGAAGGAAAGCCGCCUGUGCAACAUGAGGCCCUGCGAGGUGGAUAUAACCCAGCACAUCAAGCCUGGGAAGAAGUGCUUGGCUGUCUACAGGGCCAACGAACCCAUGAACUACACCAUCUCUGGAUGUGUGAGCAAGAGCCCAUACAGGCCCAAAUACUGCGGUGUCUGCACAGACAACAGGUGCUGCACACCCUACAAGUCCAAGACUAUUGAAGUGAGGUUUCAGUGCCCAGAUGGAACUGAGUUUUCCUGGAAAAUCAUGUGGAUCAAUGCUUGUUUUUGCAACCUGAACUGCAGGAACCCCAAUGACAUCUUUGCCGACUUGGCUCAUUACCAUGAUUACUCUGAAAUCGCUAAUUAAAUUGGCUGAAUGAUGGAAUUGACCUGAUGCUCUGAUUUUACAGAGGUUUUAAAAUAAAAGGAGAAUCUUCAUCCAC